CCCCCGCCGCGCGCUGCGCCCCGCCCCGGGACCCGGGAACUCCGUGACCCCGCGCUGCGGCCCGCCGGCGCCGGCCGCAGCAUCCCGAGACCGCGCAGUGCUCCGGGUGCGGUUUCCAGACCAUCCGAGAACCGUGUUGAAUUAACAAGGCCGCGGCAUAAACAUUGAGCCCAGGGAGGAGACAAAGGGGAGCUAGCACUCCUUUUAAAAACCUCAAACAUGGGAAAGUCUCUUUCUCAUUUACCUUUGCUUUCAAAUAAAGAAGAUGGUUAUGAUGGGGUCACAUCGUCAGACAAUAUGAGGAAUGGAUUGGUUAGCAGUGAAGUACAUAAUGAAGAUGGAAGAAAUGGAGAUGUCUCUCAGUUUCCGUAUGUGGAAUUUACUGGAAGAGAUAGCGUCACUUGCCCCACUUGCCAAGGAACGGGAAGAAUUCCUAGGGGGCAAGAAAACCAACUGGUGGCAUUGAUUCCAUAUAGUGAUCAGCGGUUACGGCCAAGAAGAACAAAGCUGUACGUGAUGGCAUCUGUGUUUGUCUGCCUGCUCCUCUCUGGAUUGGCUGUGUUUUUUCUUUUCCCUCGAACUAUUGAUGUGAAGUAUAUUGGUGUAAAAUCAGCCUAUGUCAGUUACGAUUUAGAGAAACGAACCAUAUAUUUAAAUAUCACGAACACACUAAAUAUAACAAACAAUAACUAUUAUUCUGUUGAAGUUGAAAACAUCACUGCUCAAGUUCAGUUUUCAAAGACAGUUAUUGGGAAGGCACGCUUAAACAACAUAACUAACAUUGGCCCGCUUGACAUGAAGCAGAUUGACUAUACAGUACCCACAGUUAUUGCAGAGGAAAUGAGUUACAUGUAUGAUUUCUGUACACUGACCUCCAUCAAAGUGCACAACAUAGUACUCAUGAUGCAAGUCACUGUAACAACAACAUACUUUGGACACUCUGAACAAAUAUCUCAGGAGAGAUACCAGUAUGUCGACUGUGGAAGGAACACGACUUACCAGUUGGCCCAGUCUGAGUAUCUAAACGUCCUGCAGCCACAACAGUAAACUCUAAAGGAGAUGUAAUUAGAGCCGAUGACACAUCUGAGACAUCUUCACAACUGUCAGUGAGGAGGUACUGCCUAGAAGGACGUCUUUAAUUGAGCAUAUCUAAAGUUUACACUUGGACAUUGAGGCUUCAGCUAACAGAAUCUGGUCCUUAUACAGUUACUGGACUUUCGUUCCACACUGACGAUUUGCUCCUACCAAGAGCUUUUACUAGAUCGUAAGUUAACUGAUUGGCUUUCUUCUCACCUUUGUUCCCUGGGUAAAAUAUUGAGACUUCCUCUAAAUACAAUAAAGGAUUAUAUAAAAGCGAUAGAUUUAAUCUACAUCUCUUGAUAAUAUAGUUUAGACUUGAACAUAAUUUGAAAAAUAACUUCUGAAGAUUUUUAUAAGAAAUUAUUGAAAACCUGUUGUUCAUGGAGGACUUUUAAAAACUGAUUUGUUUUAUAAAUUUCCCAUUCUUAUAUGGUAGUCUUUUAACUAUAUGGUAGCAUAGCUAUUAGGUAAAAGUUUUUAGCCUUUAAUUUGUUGAAAUUCUACUCAUUUGCAUGUUUUUGUCUUACUUCUAGCUAAUGGUUGCAUAAUAUUUACCAACCAUAACAGUCUGCCAAAUUCUGUUCUUCACUUUGUAAGAACCUCUCAGUAAGUGUUUCAUGUAUAGCUUUUGAAAAUUCUGUGUGAUCUCCAAAUAUAUUCCUUUAAUGUACAAUAUUGUAAAUAAACUGCAUGGCUUUUACACAUCUUUGAUAAAGUGAAAUGAGGUGGUACAGAUUAAAGAGUAAAGUAAGUUGUUCACUAAAAAAACAAAGGAGGAAAGUGAAGUUCAGAAGCCUGUAAGCAUCAGUAGGUCCCAGCUAUAUGUGGACUCUGGCAUGUAGCAGAUGCAUAAGAAAACAUUUUGAUGUUUUUCAUGUUGAUUUUCACAUUCAGAAUUAUAUAGACACUUUUCACGGUGAUUAGGUAUCACCAAAUUUAUGAGUGUUUUAGGG